GUAUUUUUUCUUCAAAUACUCUUGGCCCAACUUCUGCAUUGAUGUCUCCUCAACUCAUCCUAUUAUUUCUCACUUUCAGAAUUUCCCUGUUUUAAAGACGAAAAGUAAAGCAUAACUAUGCCUCUGAAAUGUAUGAUUUCACCUGCAGAAAUCUGACCUGUGAAAACCAAGACUCCGUCUUCAGAGCCUGCCAACAUGUGCUCUCCUGCCAGCUCCAAAAUCCUGUACAGGAACCCCCGCUUCCUGCACUUGGCCUUUCUGCAGCUUCAUCACCAGCAGCAGAGUGGCGUGUUCUGUGAUGUCCUGCUGCAAGCUGAAGGUGAGGCCGUGCAAGCGCACUGCUGCGUCCUGUCGGCCUGCAGCCCCUUCUUCACGGAGCGCCUGGAGCAGGAGAGACCAGUGCCCGGUCGAAAGGUGGUCCUGGAGCUGGGGGGCCUGAAGAUCAGGACCCUGCGGAAGCUGGUGGACUUCCUGUACACAUCGGAGAUGGAGGUGUCCCGGGAAGAAGUCCAGGACGUGCUGUCGGCAGCCCGCCAGCUCCGUGUGUGUGAGCUGGAGUCCUUGCAGCUGGAAGGGGGCAGGCUGGUGAAGGCCCCACCCGGCCGCAGGCUGAACCGCGAGUGCCUCCAGCCUAGCGCUGUGCCCCCUUCUACCAGCGUGCUGGCUCCUGGCCACCACCCUCGAACGCCGCUGCCAGCCCCCCAGCUUCCCUGUCCCCCCAGGGCAGCAGGGUCGGUGCAUCUGGGGCAAGAGGAGGGUGCCCCAGAAGAGGGCACCCAGCCCAGCGCGGAGCGCAUCCCGAGCACACUGCUGCUCCCGGGGAAGCCCAGGGCCUGCCGGGCUCCACAAGGGGAGAGCUUGGCAGGCCGUGGUCAGGAGCCUGGGGCUGACAAGCCAGACCCUGGGCUUGGGCCUGCGGCACCAGCCCCACCCAGCCUGUCCCCUUCUGGGGACCAGCAGCUGCUGCCCAGGAAGAUCCGGCUGAGCCGCUCUAAGCCACCUCCCAGUGGCGGUACGACCAGGGCUCCUGGCACAUCAAGCGGACCCAGCGCAGCCCCUGCGGUCCCUGGCCGACGGCUCUGGCGACGGCGGAUAAACAGAGAUGCAGCAGAGGACAAGCAGAAGCCAUGCAGAGCCAGUCCUCUGCAGGGAACCCCUUCCCCCUCUGGGCCUGGCAGGCCAGGUGGGAGCAAGAAGCGGAGCCCCGAGGCCGCGGCACCUGGCCCAGACUCCACGGAAGAGGGGCAGGUUGGCAGGGUGAAGCUGCGGAAAGUGGUCAAUGGCACCUGCUGGGAGGUCGUGCAGGAGCCGCCCCCGGCCCUCAGCAACCCCACAGAGAGCACCCAGGCCCCAGCACCUGGGGACAUGCAGGAGUCCCCUGUCGGUGAGCAGGUAUCCUCUGCCAGAAUCGAGCUGUAUCAGGACUCCCCUGAAGGCACCGGGGCGCUGGACAUCAUGCUGACUGCCGGUCACUCCCCAGACCAGCCUGGGGUGGGGAGGGCAUUUGGGUCCAGCCCCCAGCUGCUGGGGAAGGAGCCCAUGCUGAGCGGAGACCACAGCGAGCCCUGUGCCUUUGGGAGCGCCCUGCGCGGGCAGCACUGUGACGGGGUCUCAAGCUCCAUGGCCACCAGCGAGCUGGAGGACAUCCUGAACUUGGUGCUGUGUGGCUCGGACAUAGGGCCACCGGUCAGGUCCCCAGAGAGCCCCGGGGCUGAGGGCUGCAGAACCCCGAGUUACCACCUGACAGGAGCGGGAGGGAACUGGAUGGAAGCGGAGGAAUGGUGCUUGCCAGACCUGGAACUUUGGUCCAGGGAGCUGGAGGGAUUGGAAAAGGAGCCUGCUGGCGAGAACAGAGAGCCCAGGCCCCUUGGCGCCCUCCCUGCGCCCUCCGCGGUCGGGGCAGAUGAGGCGCUUCCAGUGAGCAGCACUUGGACUUCAGACCUUGAGCUGGCCAUCGCCCAGCCACCGGAUGGCCACCCCAGCUCCCCUGGAUGCCCCUCGACGCCAGGCUCCAGCUGGACAGAGAGAGGGCUGGCCACGUGUCUGGCCGUGCACGAGCUGUGCCCUACUCCUGGCCCAGGGACGAACAGCUCUGAAGACGAGGAAAUCGAUGUGGUGCACUGGACAGGAGCCAGGCUGCUGCCCGCCGGUGCCCCCUCAGUGUGGCCUGAUCCCUCCUCAGAGUCAGAGACAGAGGUGGACGUCCUCACAUAGUGGAGGUGAGCAGGCGGUGGCCAGUGCUGGACAGCGAGGGCCCCCUCCUGGUACCUGGACACCGCCUACCAGCACAGGCUGGCUCUCCGCUCCGGGCCUUGGGAGCCAGGAGGGAGUCAAGGGAUUUCCAUGGGUAGAAAAUUAGCAACUCAGAAGUAUCUUUUUUCUUUGUCAGCCGUUUUCGUUAUGACAAGUUAGUAAACUGUCACCAACUCUAGUGGGCCAUAGGUACCAGUAAGGAGACAUCUAGCCUGGCUAAGGGGAGGGGCUGGAAGGAGUGUCCUCUCUGAGGCAGGGCUCCCCUGGCCACCGUUAGCCACGUCAGCU